ACGAACAGCUGGAGAGCUGUAUUGCCUUUGGUGCUGAAGCUCGAAAGGCAAUACCGGUUUCACAAUGGCCUCCAUUGGUGCAGCAAGCACGGAAUUUUGUUUUGAUGUAUUCAAGGAGCUGAAAACCCAGCAUGUCAAGGAGAACAUCUUCUACUCCCCCAUGGCCAUCAUUUCAGCUCUGUCCAUGGUCUACAUAGGUGCAAGGGAAAACACCAGGGCUGAAAUAGAUAAGGUUGUUCACUUUGAUAAAAUCACUGGAUUUGGAAAUGCUGUUGAAUCUCAGUGCGGCCCAUCUGUGAGCGUUCAUUCUUCACUUAAAGACUUGAUCACCCAAAUCUCCAAACGAAGUGACAAUUAUUCACUCAGCUAUGCCAGCAGAAUUUAUGCUGAAGAGACAUACCCAAUCCUGCCGGAAUACUUACAAUGUGUGAAGGAAGUGUACAAAGGAGGCUUGGAAAGCAUCAGCUUUCAAACGGCUGCAGAUCAAGCCAGAGAGAACAUCAAUGCCUGGGUUGAAAGUCAGACAAAUGGAAUGAUCAAAAACAUCCUUCAACCGAGCUCUGUGAAUCCUCAGACUGAAAUGGUCCUUGUCAAUGCUAUUUACCUCAAAGGAAUGUGGGAAAAAGCAUUUAAGGAUGAAGACACCCAGACAAUGCCUUUCAGAGUGACUCAGCAAGAAAGCAAACCUGUGCAGAUGAUGUAUCAGAUUGGUUCAUUUAAAGUGGCAGUGAUAGCUUCUGAGAAAAUGAAGAUCCUGGAGCUUCCAUACACCAGCGGGCAGCUGAGCAUGUUGGUGCUGUUACCUGAUGAUGUUUCUGGUCUGGAGCAGGUUGAGAGUGCAAUCACCGCUGAAAAACUCAUGGAGUGGACCAGUCCUAGUAUAAUGGAAGAGAGGACAAUGAAAGUGUACCUCCCCCGCAUGAAGAUGGUGGAAAAAUAUAACCUCACAUCUGUCUUAAUGGCCUUGGGUAUGACCGACCUGUUCACCUCAGUGGCCAAUCUCUCUGGCAUCUCUUCAGCACAGGGCCUGAAGAUGUCUCAAGCCAUCCAUGAGGCAUUUGUGGAAAUCUAUGAAGCAGGCAGCGAAGCAGUAGGCUCAACAGGAGUUGGGAUGGAGAUUACAAGUGUCUCUGAAGAAUUUAAGGCUGACCUCUCUUUCCUCUUCUUGAUCAGGCACAACCCAACCAACAGCAUCAUCUUCUUUGGCAGAUGCAUUUCCCCUUAAAGACAAGAAAGGUGAAAGAUUCUGUCCCUCAUCGCAAGACCCAAAGCACUGCAGUAUCAAGGGUAAAAAGAAAGGCAUACUCUCUCUUUCAUCCGUACUUUCUAAAUCCAGAAAGCUUUCU